AUGGCAGAAUCCGAUUCCAGACCCACCGAAUUUACCCAGUUUACUGAGAUAGACUGGAAGCGCCAGGAUGAGGAAGAUGAAAAGGCUAUGAAAACUUUGUUGAGUGCCGAGAAUUAUGGGAAGGACGACAGCGAUGGCCUUUUCGGUGAUCGACCUUUGGAGGUGGGCGAGAAGGCAGAUGAUGCGCAGGAUUUCGAGGAUAUCAGCGAUGACGAUUUACCAGAGGAGGAAGAAGCUUCUCUACCCAGCGCUGUCGAUUUACCAGCUCUGACCGACGAUGCUGGCACGAGCCACGACACCGAUGAUUUAUUUGGAGAAGGCAGAGAUUCUUCACCAUUUGGCUUUGAUGAUCAUGUUGAAAUACAAGAUGGAGAAUCACAGGCUGCAGCAAAUAUAGUUGAGGAACCAGCGGGUCCGGCGGAUGAGGAAGAAGAUUUAUUGGAGCUCAAUUUUCCUGGUUACAAUCAAGCUCGGUUGAACAACCAAGAUCUUUCGAUACCUGCUCCUGCAGAAUCCGAAGGAGAUUUAGCCAAACAGUUGUUUCCAAGUCUUGAACCUGGUGUUAUAUUGAACUUCAACGAAUUAUUACCUCCAAAACUCGCGCAUUUCGUCCCAAAGGUCCCACUCAAGCCGCCUAAACCUCUAAACCCUACAAAAGUCAGCUUAGACCUCGCUCCCGACCAAGAAAAAUCUUUUCGCAGCAAUAUAGGUACAGCGACAGGUGACAAGCGCAAACGUGUGGUUGAAGCGGAAGCUAAAGGGCUUGUUGCAAUUGUUGAAGAAUCUGCUGAUGAGGUAGAGAAUGAGGAAACUUUCGACUAUGAAGAACCAGCGGAGGAUGAGAGGCUUGGUGGACUUACUUGGGCGGAUCUUCAGAUGAUUUGUGAUGAUUGGGACUCCAAAAUAAAUGCGACACCUGAAAUUGUGCAACUGGAGCCUGUAGAUGAUCAGCCAAUGGAUGAUUGGGAUCGAGAGAUUCUAGGACAUUCCUCAAAACGGAGAAAGGUAGAGCAAUCGGAGCCAGACUAUUUCAACAUUCCUCAAUUCGCCGUCCCAUCUUUCGACAACUUACAACAAGCUGUUACUAUUUCUGCCAAGCGACCUUUCCUAGAUCUUAAUGAUCCACAUUUACUUCUAGAAGAGAUCAAGGUGAACUUCUCAUCCGCCGCCAAACGUCAACGCCUCGGUGGAAACUUCCGAGGAGGAAACAACAUCAUUUCUAAGAAACUGAGCAAGCGCUUCAAUAUUUCAAACGAUGAAGCUUAUGAUGCUCUCAAGGAGAAUCAUCAAAGUAAAGUUAGAGCAGCUAUUGGAAAUCUUACCGUCGAGCAUAGUCUUCCUGCAUUACGCCUUCAAUGGCCAUAUUAUAAGGUCAAACUAUACACCAAGGAAGCUAGAGCUUUACAUCGACCAACCCUCAGAUUCAAUAAGUGGCUUAACCAACCCGUCACUUUUGACAAGCCAGGGAUGCGAAAGAAGAAAGAAGCUAGAACGAUGUCUAUUGCAGAAGUAUUUAAGGAAUCCAAGGAUCUAACAUUGGGUGACUUCUAUUCCGCCGCUACUCUAAUUGAAUACUCGGAGGAACAGCCCAUAGUACUUUCAAAUUUCGGCAUGGGUAAUCGGAUCAUCAAUUAUUACCGACGAAAGGAUGCAGAAGAUCAGGAGAGACCCACUCCAGAGGACAAAAUUGGUGACACUACCAUUCUCCUCCCAGAAGACAAAUCCCCGUUUGCAAACUUCGGUUUCGUGGAUCCAGGCGAAACCGUUCGAGCUUUGCACAAUGAGAUGUAUCGUACUCCAAUAUUCAAGCAUCAACCCAAGAAUACCGAUUUUCUCUGUGUUCGCAGUACCACGGGAGUUCAUGGUACUACAUGGCACCUUCGCAAUAUAGAUAACCUAUUCGUUGCAGGUCAACAAUUCCCAUCAAUCAAAGUACCAACACCACACUCGAGGACGGUUACAAAUGCUACCAAGAAUCGAGUGAAGAUGAUUGCCUUCAGAAAAAUCAGACGCAGUGCCUCAAAGUCUUUGAGAAUAGCCGAACUUACUGCUCAUAUCCCUGAUACGAAUGAUAUGCAGAACAGGGCAAAAUUGAAGGAAAUACUUGUCUACGACAAAAAUGAGAAAGUUUGGCGUCCAGAGGAAGGCACUACUAUUCCCGAUGAGGCGGCUUUGCGAUCCUUAGUCAAGCCCGAGGAUUGCUGCAUGAUCGAUGCCAUGCAUGUUGGACUAAGGAACCUCGCAGAUGCUGGUUAUGAUACCUUGAGUGAAAAAGAGGAAGGUGAUGAAGGAACAUUCAUCGACCGACCUCUAGAUUUCAAGCUUACUCCCUGGAACACAAGUAAAGCUUUCUUGGACGCAACUUCAGGUAAAGCAAUGCUUGAACUUCAUGGCGAUGGUGAUCCUUCUGGAUGUGGGCUUGCAAUCAGUAUGAUACAAACUUCCAUGAAGGGAGGCUAUAUCGGUGCUGUCCAGGGUCCAAAUGCUACAUCCGCAGCCGCCAUUGCUGCAGAGAGAAAGGCAAAUGGUGGGCAUACCUACAACGUCAAGAAACAAGACGAGCUUUACAAUAACGCCAUUCGUGAUAUUUGGGAGAAGCAAAAGUCAAAUUUGUCAGAUGCGAACGAACAUGUGUCAAACGAACUGGAAGAAGUAGACGAGGACGAACGAUUUGGAGUAGCACCCACUCCACACUCCAUGCCCACUCCCGCACCUUACGAUGAUUCUUUCAGUCAAGUCAGCAGAGCCAGCAAUAUGGAUAACGCCUCUGGCAAAUUCAUGCGUAUUACUCGUAGGGUUAAAGUGGGCAAUUACGGACAAACCGAGGAACGGGUCGAGACGGUCAAGGAUAUGCGUGUCUGGAGAGAAUAUAUUAAGCGCAAAAAGAUCAUGGAAGCUGCUAAUUCAGAUGUUUAUGCCAUUACUCCUUCGGGUGAUGCAGAUCUUGAUAGAGCUCAUCGUGUUCAAGUCCAAAAAGAACUCGAGCGUCUCGAACGCAACCAAGAUCGUCGCCACGCCCGUGAGAAGCAAAAGUCAAAACAAUCCAUGGCUGGUCAACAACUUCUUAACCCUGGUUCCCCUGGUCCAUCCGGGGCCCCCGUUUCCAGCAUUGAAAAGCCAGCUGGUACUACGAGGAAAUGUGCAAAUUGUGGUCAGACGGGCCACAUUAAGACGAACAAAAAACUCUGUCCUCUUUUGAAUGGCACCAUGAAGCCUGAAGAUGGCGCGCUCAAUCAUGGCGGGUUUGGUGCUAUUCAAGCCCCACCUUAG